GUGGGAUGAGGCGGUGACGUGGCCGGAAGUGGAGGCGCUGAGCAGCGCGGAGCCUGUUGAGAGGCGCAGUCACCCCGGGCCCGUGACGAUGCUGAAGGCCGUGAUCCUCAUCGGGGGGCCGCAGAAAGGGACUCGCUUCCGGCCCUUGUCCUUCGAAGUCCCGAAGCCGCUGUUCCCGGUGGCCGGGGUGCCCAUGAUCCAGCACCACAUCGAGGCCUGCACCAAGGUUCCAAGCAUGAAGGAGAUUGUCCUUGUGGGCUUCUACCAGCCCAACGAAGCCCUGAGCCGCUUCCUAGUGUCUGCACAGCAGGAGUUUAAAAUCCCCAUCAGGUACCUGCAGGAGUACGCGGCGCUGGGCACGGGCGGUGGCAUCUACCACUUCCGGGACCAGAUCCUGUCGGGCAGCCCUGAGGCCUUCUUCGUCCUCAACGCGGAUGUGUGCUCGGAGUUCCCCCUGCCGGAGAUGCUGGCCUUCCAGCAGCAGCGUGGAGACCCGCACAGCUUCGUCAUGCUGGGCACCACGGCCAACAGGAAGCAGUCCCUGAACUACGGCUGCAUCGUGGCCAACAUGGAGACGUGUGAGGUCCUGCACUACGUGGAGAAACCCAGCACCUUCGUCAGCGAGAUCAUCAACUGCGGCAUCUACCUGUUCACGCCAGCCAUCUUCCAGCACAUCGGCGAGGUCUUCCAGAGGACCCAGCAGGAGCUUCUCCUGGGCGCUUGCCUUGGCCCCACCCCGUGCGUCUCGCCUGGCAGGGAGGAGAGCCCCAACGGCUGGCAGCGUGCCGAGGUCAUCCGGCUGGAGCAGGACAUCUUCACGGCGCUGGCCGGGCGCGGCAAACUCUACGUCUACAAAACCGACGGCUUCUGGAGCCAGAUCAAAUCGGCCGGCUCUGCCAUCUACGCCAGCCGCCUCUACCUCAGCCAGUACAGCCAGUGCCACCCGGAGAGACUGGCCCCGAACAGUCCCGAGGGGCCCACCAUCCGAGGGAACGUGUAUCUCCACCCGACAGCGUCCAUCGACCGCAGCGCUGUGCUGGGUCCCAACGUCUCCAUCGGGAAGGGGGUGAUGGUGGGAGCCGGCGUGCGUGUGCGCGAGUCCAUCAUCCUGCACGGGGCGUCGCUGCAGGAUCACACCUGUGUGCUGAACAGCAUUGUGGGCUGGGACAGCACCAUCGGACGCUGGGCCCGGGUUGAAGGGACGCCCAGCGACCCAAACCCCAACGACCCCUACGCCAAAAUCGACAGCGAGACCCUCUUCAGGGACGGCAGGCUCACGCCCUCCAUCACCAUCCUGGGCUGUAACGUCACCAUCCCUGCGGAGGUUGUGAUCCUCAACUCCAUCGUCCUGCCCCACAAGGAGCUGAGCCGCAGCUUCAAGAACCAGAUCAUCCUGUGAGGGGCCAGCGGAGCGGUGGGACGGGCCCGGCCGGGAGCUGGGGACCUUCUGGGCCUGGCCCGGUUGCAGUGCAGUUCUAUAUUAUAGACUCAGAGAAAGAGACCUUCUAAAACCGUUACAACGUAGGACUGGCCCGCGGAACCUUACCUGAGAGUGACUGAAUGGAAACUCGGGGGGAAACUGGACAAAGGGAGAGAGUCGGCUGGGGAAUCGGAGGGAACCCUGCGGCUGGGCUCUAAGCUCCCUGCCCCCCAGAAGACCCUGACUGAGGGGACCUAGUUGUACCUACAAGGCCUGGUUUGGAGUGCGUACCUCUCAUCUAAUAAACUUUCUGUUCUACUGCCCCA